AGGGCGCCAUGCCUUGCCAUUCCCCAGCUGGACCCACACAGUUUCCCAGCGACAGGCACAUAAAAUAAUGAGCAGAUCCUAAACACUAACUUUAUCUGUCCGAUUUGGAAACAUUCACAGCGACGUGUGUCCUCUUUGAACCCCUAAACCAUGGAGCAGACUGCGCCUAAAAGCAAGCUGAAAAAGCUCAGUGAAGACAGUCUGACCAAACAACCGGAGGAGGUGUUUGAUGUCUUGGAGAAACUUGGUGAAGGCUCCUAUGGGAGUGUGUAUAAGGCCAUACACAAGGAGUCGGGCCAGGUGGUGGCCAUCAAGCAGGUCCCUGUGGAGUCGGACCUGCAGGAGAUCAUUAAGGAGAUCUCCAUAAUGCAACAGUGUGACAGUCCAUAUGUGGUGAAGUAUUAUGGAAGUUACUUUAAGAACACAGACCUGUGGAUCGUCAUGGAAUACUGUGGAGCAGGCUCUGUGUCUGACAUCAUCAGGCUGCGCAACAAAACGCUAACGGAGGACGAGAUCGCCACCAUCCUGAAGUCCACCCUGAAGGGGCUGGAGUACCUGCACUUCAUGAGGAAGAUCCACCGGGACAUCAAGGCCGGCAACAUCCUGCUCAACACCGAGGGGCACGCCAAGCUGGCCGACUUCGGGGUCGCCGGACAGCUCACGGACACCAUGGCUAAGCGCAACACCGUGAUCGGGACCCCGUUCUGGAUGGCUCCGGAGGUCAUCCAGGAGAUCGGCUACAACUGCGUGGCGGACAUCUGGUCCCUGGGCAUCACGUCCAUCGAGAUGGCGGAGGGCAAGCCCCCGUACGCAGACAUUCACCCCAUGAGGGCCAUCUUCAUGAUCCCCACCAACCCGCCCCCGACCUUCAGGAAGCCGGAGCUCUGGACGGACGACUUCACAGACUUUGUGAAGAAGUGCCUGGUGAAGAACCCGGAGCAGAGGGCCACCGCCACGCAGCUGCUGCAGCAUGCUUUCAUCAGCCAGGCCAAGCCGGUGGGCAUCCUGAGAGACCUGAUCACCGAGGCCAUGGAGAUGAAGGCCAAGAGGCAGCAGGAGCAGCAGAGAGAGCUGGAAGAGGAGGAGGACAACUCGGACGAGGAGACGGAGGUGGACUCCCACACCAUGGUGAAGUCCGGCCCCGAGGGGCCCGGCACCAUGAGGGCCACGGGCACCAUGAGCGACGGGGCCCAGACCAUGAUCGAACACGGCAGCACCAUGUGCGAGCUGGACCUGGGCACCAUGGUCAUCAACAGUGACGAAGAGGAGGAGGAGGAGGAGGACCAGAGGUCCAUGAGGAGGCACCCCACGUCCACGCAGCCCAUGCGGCCGUCCUUCAUGGACUACUUUGACAAGCAGGACUCCAACAAGGCGGCGCAGCAGCAGCAGAAGUACAACCACAACCAGCCCCAGGAGCAGCCCGCCUACCACAUCCAGGCCAAGAGCGUCUUCCCCGACAACUGGAAGGUGCCCCAGGACGGCGACUUCGACUUUUUGAAGAACCUGGAGUUUGAUGAGCUGCAGAUGCGUCUGACGGCGCUCGACCCCAUGAUGGAGCGGGAGAUCGAGGAGCUGCGCCAGCGCUACACCGCCAAGCGCCAGCCCAUCCUGGACGCCAUGGACGCCAAGAAGCGGCGGCAGCAGAACUUCUGAGCGACUCUCCCCCCACCCUCCCCCUUCGCGGUCCGACCUUUGGUAGCCUGUACGUCCCUCCUCCUCCUCC